UCAGUGGNAAGUUUCACUUUCCUCUUCUGGAUGAUUUUAAGCCUGUUUCAGUUUCUAGUUUCGUCUUCCCUUUCACAAACGUUGAGUCCUUAGAAGCAGCCGAGCAUGAGCUGAUGCAUAUCUCCCCUGACUGCCCUCUUAUAUAAUCCUCUGAGUGGCCAUUUAGAGUGGACUGAGAUUUCAGAACUGCUCAGCCCACACCCAGCUUUUCACAGCAGCACAGAAACAGAUCGCUGUCAUGAGUGAGGUGAACAGGGACUCUCUGGAAACAAUCCUCCCACAGCUGAAGUGCCAUUUCACCUGGAACUUAUUCAGGGAAGGAAGUAUGUCGAGUCAUAUGGAAGACAGGGUGUGCAACCAGAUCGAAAAUUUAAACUCUGAGGACAAAGCAACAAUGUACGACUUAUUGGCCUACAUAAAAUACCUAGAUGGUGAAAGCGAGGCAGCCCUGGAGUGCUUAGGGCAAGCUGAAGCUUUAAGGGAGUCAGAGCACAAUGAUCAAGCAGAAAUUCGAAGACUGGUCACCUGGGGAAACUACGCUUGGAUCUACUAUCGCAUGGGCCGUCUCUCAGAAGCUCAGGCUUACGUUGACAAGGUGAGACAAGUUUGCCAAAAGUUUGCGAAUCCUUACAGCAUGGAAUGCCCAGAACUUGACUGUGAGGAAGGAUGGACACGCCUAAAGUGUGGAAGAAAUGAACGAGCUAAAAUGUGCUUUGAAAAGGCUCUAGAAGAGAAGCCCAAGGACCCAGAGUGCUCGUCUGGGAUGGCCAUCGCCAUGUUCCGCCUAGAAGAAAAUCCUGAGAAGCAGUUCUCGGUGGCUGCUCUGAAGCAGGCCAUGGAGCUGAAUCCUCAGAACCAGUACGUCAAAGUUCUCCUGGCCAUGAAACUGCAGAAGGUGGGAGAAGAAGCUGAAGGGGAGCGAUUGAUUAAAGAUGCUUUGGAAAAAGCUCCUAAUCAAACGGAUGUCCUCCAAAAGGCAGCUCAAUUUUACAAGAAAAAGGGGGACCUAGACAGAGCUAUUGAAUUCCUUGGGAAAGCACUGAGAUCCACAGUGAACAACAGUCCCCUCUACUCUUUGGUCAUGUGCCGUUACAGGGAAAUACUGGAGCAGCUGCGGAAUAAAGGAGAUGCUGACAACAGUGAGAGAAGACAGAGGAUGGCAGAACUGAGAAGAUUAACGAUGGAGUACAUGCGGAAGACUCUUCAGAGGAGGCGAAGUCCUUUGAACUCCUACUCAGAUCUCAUUGAUUUCCCGGAAGUAGAGAGAUGCUAUCAGAUGUUCAUCAGCGAGGAGAGUCCCGAUGGUGAGGAAGAAGACCUCUAUGCGCGCUACUGCAACCUCCAGGAAUACCACAGUAAGUCUGAAGACCUGGCGGCCCUGGAGUGUUUCAUGCAGUUUCCCAGACAAGAAAAAUCAAUCGAGAAGGAAGAGGUUAAACAGCAAACAGAGAACACAGAUCUGAACCUGCAGUAAGAAAUUUUAGUGGAUUCUUGGCAGUUCCAGAGGUAAAAUGAGUAGCUGAAUGGGUUAGGGGUUUGGGAGGCAACACACUUUGGGGCACAGGCAGGCGUUUCCUGGCACCAUCUGAUCCUGAGGACAACCGGAAGUGUGUCAGAGUACAGACAUGCAGUCUCUCAGCUCUGUACUGUGAGAGAGCUGUGCUGUGGAGUGGUGCUUAUGGGGAGAAUGGGUUGGAAAAGCAGGAGACUUCCUGCUAAGGAUUGCUGACAAGCUGCUCUUGGUUGUUUCUUUAAGGAACUGCUUUCUCUCCCUGACCCCUCUGCUCAUGCUAGCCAUACAACGUUCCAGUCAGCAAACCUUAUUACUAAUCAUGUAGCUCACAGAGCACCUUUUGAUCACAUUUUUUUUCUGCAAUAAAUGGCAACUGCCAACAAAA